CGAUAAAACGUGGCUGGAUUCCCGCCAUUAUCGUGGCGGUUCAUUCUUAAAAGGGGACGGGGGGGGGGGGAGAGCUGCGUUGCUCCCCUUCGGGGCGAGAGGUGGACUCGUCCGAUGUUUACCACGGUGCGAUUAGUUUUCGGUUCGUAAAGGGUACUUGUUAGCCACCGUAGGCUCGAACGACCCAGAAAAAUGUCAAUUAAUUUUCGAUCCACGCGUCGAAUCAAAAUAUAUCGACGUAAGGUCGCGGCGUGCGAUUAACUCGCGAGCUCGGUCGGGCUCGGCUAUUAUUGGAGUGGGGAAGGUUAGGGAAGGGCCGCCAUUUCUGUCAAUCGUUUCUCGCGGUCUGUGCGCGCGGGAUCGUCCGUAAUACCGAGAGGGAAGAAGGUUCCCUCGUUUAGCCGCGAUGUCGGUCUCUUCCCGAUGCACGCGCGUCGAAAAAACCUCAGCAGUCGCGUAAAACCACGCGCGGUUUCGAUUCGUUACGCUCGGGAUUUUUCAUCGGGGGCGACCGGGGAGCCAGUUUCACGCUCGCGCUAGGUACGUCCCUGGCGCCGUAGGCAGCAAAGAUGGCUGCCGCGCAUGCGCGGACAGGGGAGUCUGGCAUCGCAGCGGCCAUGUGCACGAGUGCGUCGUUCAAAGUGUCCUCGGCCGUCCGCCAAUAGGACGCGCCCGUCCCGCGCCACGUGACCCGCGUCCGCCAAUCGCCGCACGGGGAUUUGAAAUCGUGCGUGGUCUUUGUUCGCGGAGACGGCCGUGUCAACGUUACUUCAGUUCCGUAAAGGGGGCCUUGUGUCGGUGUCCGUUUAUGCAUGCUCGCUGCCAAAAAUCCGCGUUUUACUCCCUCGUUAAUAUAUGUGUGAAAGUGGUGACUCGACGCCAGGACGACGUGCUUCAGGGAUCGUCGAACACACGUCAGGUGAAUGUUGGAUACGGAGAGCAGACACGGUACUGGGCUGGAUCAGGGACCGACAAGGGACCCUUGGCUCACGAUGGACUAUUACCUUGGCACGGACAGUCUCUCCCUCCAGGAGAUGCUCGACGUCGACAUCAAAUGCGAAAUUGAAGGCGUUAUCGGGGGACACUCAGAGCUGGGCUUCAAUUUCACAGACAUGUCUGGCCUAGAGAUGGACGAUGACCCCAUCGGCUGCCACAAUGACCUCAGUGGCUGGUUCGGGUCCACCAGUUUGCUCAACGGCAACAGCAACAGCUCCAACAGCAACUUCAACCUUGACCUCAGCGGAGGGGAUGCAGCCUCCAUCAUGGUGAACCCAAACUCCGUCAUGCCCCACAUGGCAGUGAGGAGUCCAACACCGAGCAAUAUCAGGAGAUACUUCGCCUUCUCGCCGAAGAGGGAAAUCAAGGAGGAGAAGAUAGACGUGGAAGACGAGGUGGAGAACGAGGCCAGCAGCUGCACAGAGAACGAGAACGACCAGGAGAACGACACCGAGACGGAGCAGUACGAGAACGACAUCACAGACACCGAGGAGGACUCCGAGGACGAGCAAGAAGUCUCCAAGCCAGUGACGCCGUCCAAGUCGAGGACGAUCUCAAUCUCCGCUGCGAAAACGAUCUCUCCUCAAUUCGCGAGGACUCAGACCACCCCCAAGAUAAACGGAGUGUCCAGCAUCAGGGUGCAGAACUUCAAAGUGCUGCACAGCCCCAGUCAGAGUCCCCACGUCAGGAAACAGAUCUACAACAACAACGUUCACGUGAAUCCAGCAACCGCCGCUGUCGCCACCAUGAAAAGGGAGAAGGAGUUCGAUCUGUCCGACUACGACGACAAACUCUACCCUAAGCCAGCUUACUCUUACUCAUGCCUGAUCGCCAUGGCCCUGAAGAACAGCCAAACAGGAUCCUUGCCGGUCUCAGAAAUUUAUAAUUUCAUGUGUGAACACUUCCCCUACUUCAAAACCGCACCGAACGGCUGGAAGAACUCCGUGAGGCACAAUCUUUCUUUAAACAAGUGCUUCGAGAAGAUAGAGAAGCCAGCGGGGAAUGGUAACCAGAGGAAGGGGUGCUUGUGGGCGAUCAACCCCGCGAAGGUGGCGAAGAUGGACGAGGAGGUCCAGAAGUGGUCCAGGAAGGAUCCUCUGGCCAUCAAGAAGGCGAUGAUCUACCCCGACCACCUGGAGCUGCUUGAGAGGGGCGAGAUGAAGUACGCUGGCAGCGGGGAUCUAUCAGAGGAAACGGAGAGCUCCGGGGACGAGGCUGUCGAGGAGAGCGCGACGUACGACCACGAGUCCAUCCACAAUCACAUAGCCGCCAACUCCGUGACGGACAGCUACGACGAGAGCAGCCAGGACUGUGAUAUAGACAUCGUCGAACACAUGUACGACGAGAUAGACAUAGAGGACAAUAAGGAAGCCCUGCACAUGCAGCUAAACAUAUCCAAGCGAGAGUCGUUCGAGUACGAGCUAAGUCCGAGCACCAAGAGGCAGAAGACGCUGACUGGAGCAAUACAGGGCAACUACGUCUAUCAACCCGUGACCACGUCAAGAAGAAAAACGCCUCUCCUUCUGCGAGCCGGGGCGGGAAACAGCUCCUUCCUUAAGAUAGAUUGAACUCAGGCCGAUCCAAGAAUCUUAACCGCGAAUUCCUAGUUUUAUACGCAUCCGUAGGUGGGAAUUAAUUUAAGGAUACGCUGGGGAUGUACGAGGACUGCCUCGUGGCACUUGAUACGAUUAGCUGAUCACCCGAGUUGUUUCUUUGAACUGCUGCCAUGUUAAACGCGUGUAUCGAAUUCUUAUUUAGGUCUACGUGUAAACAAUGAUUCUUCGCAGUCAAGGUUUGUAGUCGAGGCAGUAACCUGAGCCAAAAGGCUCCCUUUUCUUUAGACUGGUUUCGUAUAUUACGUUGAUCUUUUGUUUAAAUAGUACAGUCUUCAUCUACUACUACUACCGAAUCCAUGAAGUAACCUAAACGAAAGUUCAGCGUUUAACGUGUUAAUCGAGUAAUUGAGCCUAACGUUCUCUAUAAAUGAUUCCUAUUUAUCUGUAGAUACAAGAAUGGAAAGAAAGUAUUCGGAAUAUUUAGUUUCCUUUUAGUAUUACGUACCUACACGUAGGUACCUACACGUUAAAAAGUAAUAGUUAAAGAAUAUAGUUAUUAAAUUUUGUAUUUGCAAGAGAAUAAUCAUGUUCUCUCCAAUUUCUACGUAAACCAUUCUAUCUACGUAUAAGAGAAGAUAAAGGCAGAACGUCAGGCUUAAAAAAUAAGAGAAGUACUCCUGUAUCUAAGAGAACGACGCUGGAAGCGAACGUCGAGAAGCCCUUUGAUCUAUAAAAUUCGUUUUAUAACAAUCUUGCACAGUUUUUCUAUUUUUCUACCAACAUUCCAUCUGACAUUAUGACUUUCGCACUAAGAAUCUUGGCUUCUGGACGACUCGCUAUGUUAGUGAUACAGGAGUCCUUCGAAUACACAGUUGAAAGAAACAGAAUCUCAAUCAUUUUAUUUCGAUUCCUUGUUUGAUCGCAAGCAAUGUAGGCAUUACUUUUUUGAUACUAGCAUCUUGACCAUUGGUACUUCUUAAGGCGCAAAAACCUUGGGCCUUGCAUAGCCUCGAAACUCUUCAUUUUAUUUUGUAAUCGUGGUCAGUCCUUUUAACUCCGUCACCCUUGGACUUUGAGGAACCAAGGUCCUUCUCGUUGAAGGAGAUCAAAGAAUAACUGAAAUUUUCUUUGAAUCUCUUUCGACAAAACAGGAAGAACCUUGGUUCUUGCAGAGGAAAGCUCUGAAGAUCUCCUUCGAUCUCUGUCAAUGAAGAGGGGAACCUUGGUUCUUGCGGAGGAAAGCUCUGAAGUUCUCCUCCUUCGAUCUCCUUCAACAAAAUGGACCUUAGUUCCUGCGGAGGAAAGCUUUAAAAUUUUCCUUCGAUCUCUGUCAAUGAAGAGGGGAACUUUGGUUCUUGCGGAGGAAAGCUCUGAAGUUCUCCUCCUUCGAUCUCCUUCAACAAAAUGGACCUUAGUUCCUGCGGAGGAAAGCUUUAAAAUUUUCCUUUGAUCUCUAGCAACAGGGGAACCUUGGUUUCUGCGUAACCCCUAAAAUUCCCUAUUCCCAUUUUCAUCUUCCAAUUUGGACUCGUAACCUCCCUUCAUCGAAGAAAGCAUUCCUGUAUCAAGCAAUCCUCAUCGACAGCGCCAAUGACAUUUACUUAGAAUUCGUAAAAGCGUAUGUGCACCACGGAACUUUUUUAAUUGAGAAAUGGAUAGAGACGUGUCCAGUUCUCCUUCGUGCGAGUUCUUUCUUUUUUUUUUUUUUUAUA